GAUGAAAAAUGACACGAGGAUCUGUCCUACCGGUAGGAAAACAACUUGACUAGGGCAAGAAACCAAAGUUUUCCAUUUCCCACGCGUAAUUGUUCAAUCCAAAAUAGAGAAGAAAGGACGGGAGGGUCGAGAUGUCAGACACCCAGAAUUUUCGCCGGAGUUCCCAACGGAGGAGAAGGCGCCCGCCCGCACCCGAACUCUUCAAGCAGAAUUUUCUCCGGAGACAACGAACGCGUUCCGACGUGGGUCUCGUGGUGAUUGGCUACCUAGCGUUGAUAUCUUUCGCGCUAUGGUCGGAAUGGGACUCUCGGGAACAGCUGCACGAUUCGAUCAAUACCGGAGGUAAUAGAGGAAGAGGGAGAUCCGCUGGAAGGUCCGCGCUCAACAACCAACUGUCGGAGUUCAAGCAAGAGCGAAAGGAAAAAGCAGCGACAAACUCUGGAAAACGGCGAUGGGAGAAACUCCAGUACAAACUGCAGCGCGUCUUCAGAGGCGAGGGGUUCGAAACGAACGAAACCCGCUACCGGCACCGGCCACUCUGGGAAAUGUCUGAAUUCUUGCCGCCCUGGAUGAAAGAGUACUUUGCCUGGCACCGAGAAAAACGCCAAACGCUAACGGAAGACUUUUGGCGCGGCAAUGCACCCGGCAAGAACCGCACGGUUUCCAGUCUCAGGUUCCUGGUCGUCCAGUGCCUGCCACGCGACCACGGUUCUUCCGGUGGUGGACCAACCCUCCCGUCCUGCGGGAGCCUCUCGGAGCGCCUGUCGCUUCUUCCGUACUGGCUGCGAGUUGCCCACGAAAUGGACCGCGUCUUGUUUCUACACUGGGCGGCUCCUACCGACCUUUCCGACUUUCUGGAGCCCCCGGUGGGCGGUUGCGACUGGAGGGCCCCGCUGUGGAUGAGGCACUGGCUCGGAGACAAUCAGGAGGGCGUCCUGAUCCGGGACGACUCGCGGUUGUUGUCGGGCGAUCUCGAUUAUUUUCGAUCGCUGGCCGGCGAACCGCUCGUAAGAGUUCAAUUGAGGUCCACCCCGGAACUUGAAGAGCGAUACAACGAUCUGCGGGAUGUUUCCAUUCCGGAGCAAGCGACCCUCGAGGCGGUCUUCCACGACGUGUGGAGAACGUUUUUCGUGCCUUCCGAGCACAUUCAGAAAUCGAUCGAAAACACAUAUCGCGACAACGGCAUGGUUUCGGGAGAGUAUGUUUCGAUCGAUCUUACUGCCAAUUCAAGAAGUAUCUUGGCAAACUCAUCGACAUCGCUGCUAGAGGCUACAGAAGGAGAGCAAGCUUUGAUCGAACACGCAAACCGAGUUGUGGAAUGCGCCUGCAAGCUUCGUGGAGGGGGGCCCUUUCUGGCAGUUUCCAGCAAUCUUGAUAUGACUCGAGCCCUUCAAUCGCACAAGUCGAUACGGCGAAUGCCCGUAUUUGCGCGGUACAAGACGAGAAAUCGGCGCGAACGGAGAAAGAACCGCGACCGGGCCAAGGAAUUGCUUCCUCAACCUUUGAUGGAUUUCGAUUCGACGGGCGAUUCGGCUCGGCUUCCGGACCCAUACUACGACGUCUUUGUAAAUCUCUUCCUCAUGUCAAUGGGCCAUGGAGUCGUGACAUCCGAUAGCAGAGGCGUUAAGACACUGAGUCGCUUGGCAAACUGGAUUGGAUAUGACUCGAGUCGAUACAAUCUGUACACCCCCACCGGCUGCGUCCCCAUCGGUUCGAGUCCGCCAUCCGUGGGUGCAACAGAAAUUCAUGACAGAAGGACCAUCCCCGAAUCAAUUCAACACUAUUUCAGCACAGAAAUGAUGAUAGAUGGAUUGGAUCAUGGAGGGAUGCUCACCAGUCACCACCACGAAGACCAGCAAGAACUACAGCACUCGCUUGAGACCUCGGGAAAGUCGCGGCCGGAAUCAAACCUCCCGCAAUGGAUGGAGGAAUAUUUUGAGUGGCAUAGAUCCACAAAAAAAGAACUUGAUAGAUCCAAUUGGAAGAAUACAAAAUACCUUGUUUUGGUGUGCUUGGAAACUCAUUCAAAAUGCGGCGGGAUCAGUGACCGCCUGAAGCCUCUCCCGAUGGUCGUUUGGGAAGCCUUCCAUAGCCAACGGCUUUUGUUGAUACUGUGGGAUCGUCCCAAACCGUUGGAAGAAUGGCUUAUUCCGCCGGAUUACCACCAGGGCGGCAUCGAUUGGAUCGUGCCGUCGUUCCUGAAGGAAAAAAUGGGUAAGUUGACUUUUGCUCGCGGGGCUGACGCAAGAAGCUGGGAGGAAGGAAAAACGCUGCGCGAAACCAAGACGAACAAGACCCUUGUUACAUACCAGAUUCAGAAAUCCGACGCCGGCGAAAAAAUCUUUUUCGAGGAGCAACAGCUCUACGCGAAAAAUUGUACCGGUGCCAACGCCGGGAGUUCCUACCGAAGCGUCUUUCGUCACCUGUGGCGACGAUUGUUCAGACCCAAUCCCCGUUUGGAAGACUUGCUAGAGUCGAAACGGAAGGAGCACGGUUUGGUCAGUGGGCAGUAUGCGGCGGUCCAUUUGCGGGCUAUGUACGGGAAUCGGGUGCACCGAGACCCCCAGGAGAGCCUCGAGCUGGCGGUACUGGGCGUGAACUGUGCAUCGAAUCUCUUCCCGGGAGCCCCCAUUUAUUUUGCCUCGGACACUUCCUUUGCCGUGGAGGCGGCGCAGGCCUAUGCAACACUCCACGGCCUGUCCAUUGUGUCCAUGGACCGGGAUGGCGAGGCCAACACCACUAGCAAUAACGGUGCGACCAGGAGCAACCCCAUUCAUCUGGACAAGGACAAAGACUGGAGGAACCGUCCUGCGUCCGCAUACGACGCAACCUUUAUCGAUCUAUACAUGCUCGCCGAGAGCCGGUGUGUGGCGUGGAGCAACGGGGGCUACGGGACCUUUGGAUCGCUGCUCAGCCACGAUCCGGACUGCCAGAUGCGUUUCUUCAAGGGGCGAAAAAAGGUCCGGCGCUGCCUCUGGACGAACGAGACCGUGAAACGGCAACCACUCGAACUGCCGAGCAUCAACGACAUUUCCGUCACUGGGAGCUGAUCAGUAUAUUAUUUUUGCAUGACCAAGGAUAUGAUAUAAUCUAUGAGACAACCAAUCGAUUACUCUGCUUUUACUCUUCUUCCUUCCCAUGGCAAAAUAAACACUGCCGUAGACA